AUGUCCCAUGCACAUGAAUCCAAUGCCAGCACUCUGUCAGCUCUUUCCGACAGCUUCAGCAAUUCCGUCUUUGAAAAAGUGGAGAGCAACACACGGACACUCACGUUCACUGUUCGAACAGAGCAAGAUAUUUCAAGCCUCUGUAGUGCCUUUAUCUCUGGAAAUGUAAAUCGCAAUCUCAACAGACCCUCUACCGGUGAUAAAGAUAUCCGCAUAGAUGCCAUCUUAGAGACGAUGCUCGCUCACGCCACUGGAAACAAUGGUGACAACAACAGCACACCCCGUCGUUAUGUCGCAUGUGCAAUGACUACUGCCGGUCAGGAUAAUAGUUUUGGGCAGCUGAUAGCACUGGCCAAUACUUGGGUUCAGUACCACUUUUGGCCUUUCAAAGCAAAUAAAGGUAGUCUUCGGGAACUGCAUUCUGCCUCAGAGAUCGUUACGUCGACUCUCCAAGAUACCGAAUCCCUCGAUUUUGAGGGCAGUUGUCCCCGUCUUUACUCAUUCGCAGAUGCGGUAAAGGACCGUGACGGUUAUCGCUAUAUCAUAACAAGAGCUGUUUAUCUAUCGAGAAAACCCUCGCAGCUGCCUACCACGAUUACUGAAGGGGCUCAUAUCUUCAAGAGGGCGGUGGCGGCUGGAAAGCAUAGCAAGUUGAUUUAUGUUCAAUCAAUCUUCAACUGA